UGCAUGCUGUGCCACUGAAAGGAGCAUUGCCAUCACCAUCACCGUCACCAUCACUCCCGCGGCGCCAUACUCACGCUACUCACCCGCUGCCCCCAGCCAUACUGACCUCCACAGAUCUGUCCCGUCUUCUUCGAGCACCCGCAAGCCCCCGCCCGCGAUGCAGUACUACAGCAACCCGCAGAUGAACUCCGCCAUGCAAGGAGGCAUGGGCAUGGGCAUGGGCGCGAAUCAAGGUAUGCUGGGCCAGAACCCGAUGCUGGGCAUGAAUGGUAUGGGCAUGCAGGGGAUGGGCAGUUAUGGGCAGGCCUGGAGGAACCUGGGCUAUGACUAUACCCCGCCGAGUCUUGCGUACAAGCCCGACGCCGCCUGGGGAGCCUGGGACCUUGCCAACGCCCAGUACAACGGUGGCCGCCUCGAACGAGGGUUCUUCGAUAACAUUAUCUCAACCCUGACCAACUUUUUCGCAAACCGCCACCUAUCUGAAGACUCCGCAAGGGAUGCACAUAGGAGAGUGUAUUACCAGGGCGAAGGCGCGGAUGCGGGGAAUAAGACGCUGGGAGGAGCGGCGGCUUAUCAGGCCUACUUGAUCUGGGACCGUGACCAUUACUCGGCCUAUCAUGCCAUGCCUAGUCAAGAGAACAGAGAAAGGCUUGUAGGACUUGCCGUUGCAGAGCUGUUCAGCUUAUGGGAUCGCGUCCAGCCACGAAGUACGCGAGCGACUACUGAAGAAGCCGCGCAGUACGCUGCUGCUACUGCCAAGUAUCUCUUUGACCGCCAUUACGACCUCCCACACAAUCCGCAUCCAUACCAUCGAGCUGGCUCCCGAUUUUCGAAUUAUCGUGGGGACGAUAGUGAUUCGGAGGAUGAACACCAUCUUCGUCGACGAAGCAUGUACGGCCAACCGUAUAACGGAAUGCAAGCAGCUCCCAAUAUGGGUGCGGGAGGUAUCAUGAACGGGAUGAUGCCAGGUGGUAUGCCAGGUGGUAUGCCAGGCCAAGGUAUGGGCAUGGGCAUGGGGAUGCAGCCAGGGAUGCAGCCAGGGAUGAUGGGUGGGAUGCAGCCAGGGAUGAUGGGUGGGAUGCAGCCAGGGAUGAUGGGUGGGAUGCAAGGUAUGGGUAUGGGCCAGAUGGGCAUGGGCCAGAUGGGUAUGCCUGGUAUGCAGGGUAUGGGCCAGAUGGGGGGGAUGGGGGGGAUGGGGAUGCAGCCCGGGAUGAUGGGCCAGAUGGGGAUCGGCGGGAUGAAUGGGAUGGCCCAGAUGGGAGGGAUGGGGAUGCAACCUGGAAUGAUGGGUUUACAGCAGGGUGUACCACCUCAUGGAUCUAUAGGCGAGAGUCAAGCUGCGCCCGGAAUGCAUCCAUACCACUACGGCGCGCAAUCAGGUGUCGCAUGGGGUAAUCAACCGAUUGACCAAGUGGGGAACCCCACAUUUCUGGGGGGACCACAGAGGAGUUGGUAUGGCUACGGGCAGCCAAGGUAUUUUUGAAUGAGAACGGGGAAUGGGAGCAGGAACUCGUAGAGAGCGAGAUCAGAGAGGAUGAAAUAAGGGAGGUUAGAAAAGUGAAAUGUGUUAGAUGGAAAGCGGAAGAUGAGCUAGUCUCAGAGAUGGAGUGAUUGUAUCAUAUAAAGCUCUCAUGUGUAUUACCGAUAGAUAUCAAUUGAA